AUGAACCGUGUGACUCUGAAGGAAGCAGAUUUCCCCGGAGUGUGGUUCGGUGUCCGGUUUUGUGACAUGAAGAAGAAGAGCAAAGGGGGUCAAGGCAAAGACAAUGGGCUGGGUGUUGUUGGUUUUGUCAAGAGAAAUGUCAUUCUGGCUCAGAGUCACAGACAGAAACCUCUGGGAGUCCUGCAGCAUUAUUGCUCACCGCGACUGAGCGAAGCCGAAGAGGCAAACGAGACGCACGAGUGA